AUGUUGUCAACCGUUAGAAGUUUUGACCUGGUUCUAUUGGAAGAGGGGGAAGAAUACGUAACGGACGCAGCGUGUAACUCGUUUACGUUAUUCCCUUCGGAAACGAACCUUUCAAACUGGGCUAAGUUCCUAGAGUCGGCAACGGAGCCCCAAAACGUGGCAAGUGUGCAAGUGAGUAGAAAGGGGAGAAUAAGGGUUGGCACAAAAUCCCUUAUAUUUGAGCCGGAUGCGCUGGAUAUGCCGCUGCUGAAGCUGCAGUUUCAACACAUCACGACGAUCUCGGAGUUCCCAAAGAACCCCUGCGGAUACAAGAAGCUGUUUUACUUUAACAACCUGUACGGCAACCUGAGUUAUAAUAUGCUGAAGGACAGAGAGAUAUUUAACAUGAGCAUGAACUACUAUAGAGAACGAGGGUUCAGCACAAACCUGAUCCCGAAUAGAGAAAAGUUGCUCCUGGGCGGAGGGAAGGAGUCGAUAUACUGUUGGAGGUUGAAGAGAAUGGUCAGGCACGGAGGAUUCUGCGCGUUGACGGACAAGGCAAUAUACUUUCAGCCGUGCCCCAACUUCUCGAGGAAGCUCUACAAGAGGAUAAACCUGGACAACAUAUUGCACGUGUUCAAGAGGGACUCAGGGCUGACAACUACGGGAGAAUGCUCAACAGCACUGGAAGUGGUAUCGCUGCCGGAGGAGCUGGACGACAACAUAGCACGCAAGCAGUACAGGUGCAUAUACCUGGAGUUUAACCUGGGAUCGGACAGAGAAAAGUUGGUUGGCACGCUUAAAACGCUGAUACCGAGGUCGUUCUACGCGAUUGAGUCGAGAGCGUUCAGAAAUGAAAUGACGGAGUUGUGGAGAAUGGGACUCUUGCCGAACUUCCAGUACCUGGACUUCUUGAACUGCAUAGCAGGGAGGAGCAGGUACGACAUUUCGCACUACCCGGUCUUUCCAUGGAUACUCAGCGACUACUCGAGUCAGAACCUGGAUUUGAACGACCCGAAGGUGUUCAGAGAUCUAUCGAAGCCCAUAGGAGCGUUGAACGAGGAGAGGCUGCAGCUAAUAAAGAAACGGAUGUACAACCUAUACCAGUUGAGCAAUGCGUCGGGGUCCCACACAGUGAACAAGGGGAACAAGGCGAACAAGCAGAAGGAGCAGCAUCAAGAAGGGGCACAGAAGAGAAUGGAGAACGUGGAGGGGCUGUGGAACAUGGGAUACUACCUGUACGGCUCUCAUUACUCCACGCCGGCGCUGAUAGUGUUCUUCUUGAUAAGGCUCUUGCCGGAGUGCCAGCUGAGGCUGUACGGAGGAAGGUUCGACUCGGCAGCACGCACCUUUAAAAACAUACAGGAGACGUUUCAAAAUACCUAUAGUGGACAUUCGUCGUUUUUUGAACUAAUACCGGAAUUUUACGAGAACAACGAACUGUUCUUGAAGAACACACUGAACAUAACGACGCAGGACGGAAGACUGGGCGAUGUGGAGUUGCCGAAAUGGGCACACAAUAACCCAUGUAAGUUCCUGAAGACAAUGAGGCUGGCGCUGGAAUCGGAGUACGUGUCUAAGAACCUGACGAACUGGAUAGACCUGAUCUUCGGGUACAAGCAGACGGGCCAGAAUAGUAUUUUGAAUAAUAACACGUACCACCCGUUGACGUACCUGGGAAGCGUGCACGCAGGAAAGCUGAAGCCGUCGACGGCAAUAUCAAAUUUCCUGAGAACAAUGGAUUCACAGGCAAUAUCAGUGCAAGUGAGGGAGUUUGGACAGUCGCCAAUAAUACUGUUCGACACGCCGCACCCGAGGAAGAUAGUCUUCAACGAGUUUAACUUCGACGACGCGUACAACAGCGCACCAUGGUUUAUCUACGUGGAGAAACACUCGGAGCUGUUCACGAAGGGAGGACUGGAAAUAAGCGAUUCGUUUAGACUUAAUAGAACAAUAGUGCCGACCUACGGAACAGGACACCUGAGAGAAAUAUCGGAGUUGGUGUCGAAGGAUAAGUUGAAUGUGAUGGAGCUGCCGAGGGUAGACAAGGUGACAAACCUGGGUUUCCUGAGCGACUACUACUACUACUUGACAUCGCAAGGAGUAAUUCACUUCAGGAAGUUCAGAGCUGGCACCGUGUCAACGGAAUUCUCGGACUACAACGAUGAUGGUGAUGGCGAUAGAUAUGGUGAAAACAGAGAGGAGGAUAGGGCUGCCAACAAUCUUUCUAAUGGAGUAAACGGCGAUCGCGACGAUGCUUAUUCCAACAAGGCCUAUUACCGCAAUGGAAUGAAUGGUUAUAAUGACAGCGAUGAGUUGGAGGAGAGUGGGUUAGAGAGACGCAAAGGUUACAGCAAGGUACUGAACGUGAGCAAGUACAGCCUGACAUGCGGGAUAUGCGUGAACAAGUCGCUCUUUACGGCAGAUACGUGCGGCUACCUGCACAUGAUCAACUACGCCAUCAUUUCAAACGACCUGGUAGGCAGCGGUGACUCUCUCAAAGAUCUGGAAAACGAGUACCUGAGUGUGUACGAGGACGACUUCUGCUAUAUGCCAAGGGGGUCAACCAACGUGGACAAGGGAAGACACUUUACAACAUACGUAAGUUCCAUUUUCAGUUUACGAGGCGUUUAUGCAUUUAUUAUUAUGCCUCACAACAAUAUGAGUUAUAUACGCAUCUUUGCUCAACUUCACGACGAUAGUGUGACCUGCAUCGACUACGAGGACGGGUAUCUGGUGACCGGCGGCCUCGACGAGACGGUGCGCAGGUUCCAGCUGACGAGCACCGGCCUGCACGAGGUGAUGAUAUUUGACGAGUCGGCGGGGCUCACGUGCCUGUGCUGCAAGAAUGAUCUCCUGCUCAGCUGCGUGGUGAACGGCAAGUUGAACCUGUGGGACAUCAGGACUCCGAACACGCCCAUAUGGUCGUACGAGCCCACCACCGACAAGAUGGUGCUCUCCUGCGGCAUAAGCAACCACUUCAUCCAGGUGGUUUCUAAGUCGCGGGACCCCGUGGUCUUCUGGGACAUCAGGAUGCUCAACUCCCUGGGCUCGUGCGACAGCUUCAUGAAGCAGCUGAACAUUGACUACGUGCCUCUUUCCUCCUACUGCGAUCCCGGCGACCACAUUUCCCUCACCGCCGUUGCGGGCCCUGCGGCCUCGAACGGCUGUGCAGUCCCACGAGCUGACGCAUCUACACUGCACGAGAGCAUCUUCUACAUCUACGAUUUGAGUCUCAAGAACAGGGUGUCGAGCCUGGCCUUGGGUUUGAAAAACCCCACAAUGACCUGCGUCAACCCCUUUUCACAGCACAACAACCUGAGGGCAAUUGUUGCGAACAACCGCGGCGACAGCGUGGCGAUAUACGACUAA